AGGAGAUCGUGGCUCUGCAGGAGACGCAGAAGGUGCGGGUGUUGUGUUUGGUGUUGGCACACCCAGCAGCUCACUACACCAAGGCCGUCCACGUCAAGGCCACCUGGGGUGCCCGCUGUGACAAGCUUAUCUUCAUCAGCUCCAAGAAUGACACGAAGCUUGGAGCCAUCGACAUUGGUGUUAGUGAAGGGAGGCAUAAGUUGUGGGCCAAGACCCGGGCAGCCUUCACCUAUGUCUACAAGAACUACUUGUCAGAGUACGACUGGUUCUACAAGGCGGAUGUCGACACGUAUACCAUCAUGGAGAACAUGCGCUACAUGCUCUCACCCUACGACCCCAACUUCCCCAUCCUCUUCGGCUCCAAAUACGUGCGUGACAAAAAACACCUCUACAUGUGUGGAGGUUCUGGUUAUGUACUAAGCAGGGUGGCUGUGAAGAAGUUUGUGGAGGAGGCGCUGCCUAACAGGAAGAUGUGUGAUCUAACCAACAAGUUUGGCGAAGAUGUUAUGAUGGGAAUAUGUCUGAAGAAUGUUGGAGUUAUGUUCGGCGACUCGCGAGACAGUAGUGGUCGUGGACGCUUCUUUCAAAUGACCUUAACAAACUGCCUCUUCAAUGAGAUUGAUGGAUGGAUAAAAUCCGAAAUCUAUUACAAGCCUGACACGGUACGUCUUUUCUUGUUGUGUACACAUCUGACCUCCUCGACGGAUAUUCAUUAUCCAGAUAUGUACAUCUUCCGAUUACAUUUAUCUCCUCGUCAUCUCCAUUAA